UCAAUUGAAGCUGCUUCUGCUCUGCCACUCUGCCAUUGGACUCUUGAUAGUCGUCUCCCCACACUGCUGCUGGGGGGACUUUUUAACAUAGGCCUCUGUAUGGCCUUCAAUUUAAGCUGCUUACGCUUCGCCACUCUGCCAUGGGCCCCUGUACCGCAUCCUCAUGCUGCUGCCAGGUCCAGAGUGUGUCAUGGGUCCCUGUACGGCCUCCCAUUGCUGCUGUCUCCAUCGCCACACUCUGCCAUGUGCCACUUUCAGGUCUCCUCACACUGCUGGUGUGUUCCAUUUUUUGUC